AUGUGUGAGGAACAAAAUUUAUUCAACUCCGUUAAAAAUUUUUAUGAUGAUGUUUCUGAGAAAUUGGAUUUUGUUUGUGAAAUCAAUAAUCCGAGAUUAUCUCAAACAGUUCGUGAUUUAAUCCGUCAGCUUCAUCCUGAUAUAUUAAAAAGAAAUUAUGGUUCAGCUUUUAUUGUACCUGAUAAAAUAGAAGGCUGUAAGAUUUUAGAUUUUGGAUGCGGUGCCGGAGUUAUGGUUUAUGUUCUCAGUAAAUUGGUAGGACAGAAGGGAAGUCUUGUGGGAAUUGAUAUAUCACCAAAUCUCAUAACAGAAGCUAAUAAAGUGAUAUCAUAUCAUCAAAAGAGAUGGGGCUACAGCAAACCUAAUACAACUUUUAAAGUAGCUAAUGUGGAAACUUUUGAUGAAGUUAAAGAAUACGAAUCUACAAUGGACUUAGUCCUGUCGUAUGGUGUGAUUUGUUUGUGUCCUAAUAAAGAAAAGGUUUUCACUAAUAUUUACAGACUCUUGAAGGAUGGUGGCGAGUUCUCUUUAUCUGAUAUUUAUGCUGAUAGAGAUAGACCUGAAGAUAUCAUCAAUAAUCAACCUUUAGGAACAGCUUGUUCUAUGAAGUGGGAUGAAAUGAUCGAGUUAGCUACAUCAGUUGGUUUUACUAAACCUUAUUUAGUUGGUGCUGCUCCCGUAGAAUUUCAAAAUAAAGAUCUUCAUAAAAAAACAGGUUUCGCCGAAUUUGUGCGAGCAGAAUGGAGAAUGUUCAAACUCCCUAAAAAUAUAAAGCAUCGUCCAGCGGAAGUGAUGUACAAUGGGAAUAUAAAAGGAAGUGAAGAGAGCUACAGAUGGGAUUUGAAUACAUUGUUUAAGAAGGGUGAGCCAGUCUUAGUGGAUGCAGAAUUGGCAACAAUCCUAGCGUAUACCAGAUUUAAAGACAGUUUUUCGUUUAGAUAUUUAAACGAAGGAUUACAGGUAUGUCUCGGGGUUUUAUUUGAGCGAUAG